AUGAACCACACCUUUGUCAAGGACGGAUUAAACGACUACCUCCCCGACAUCGAGUACAUGCACGAGAAAUACCCCGACGUGCAGGUCGUCCUCGGUGAGUCCGGGCGGUACACGGACACGCAGAGCUCCGUCGACCAGUCCGAAGGCAUCUUUGGGUCCGCGCUCUGGACAGCCGAUUACCUGCUGUACGCAAUGUCUUUGAACGUGACGCGGGUCAACAUGCAGCUCGGCCAAGUCUUUGGCUACGUCGCCUGGCACCCCAUUGCGUUUGCCGGCCUGCAGCCCGAGGUCCGCGCCCCGUACUACGGGCACCUGUUCGUGGGCGACUUCAUCGGCCGGAGCAAGGCGUUUCGCGUCAGCGAGGUGCCGGUCGGGGCCGAAGAGGACGGCCUCGUCGCCGCGUACGCCGGGUACGAGCACGACCGGCUGCAGCGCGUGGCCAUCAUCAACUACGAGGUGUGGCAGCAGGGCGCCGGCCCGCAAAGGCCGUCACGCACGUUCGCGGUGCCGGUGCCGCGUGGCGUGCGGUCCGUUCGGGUGCAGACGCUGACGUCUGCGGAGGGCGCGAGCAGCCUCAACGGGACGGUGUCGUGGGCGGGGCGGACGUGGACGUACGAGAACGACGGGGUGGGCGCGAGGGUGCCGGGCGUGGAGGAGUUUACGACUGUGCGGGUGGUUGGAGGCAGGGCGAAUGUCGAGGUUGGUGCCAGUGAGGCCGUUAUUGUGCACGUUGGUAUUUAGGAUGCCUCAGUCUGAUGGAUGCAGCUGGGGAAAGUUGUAGCCGACAUGAGCGAAGGACCAGUCUGCCAAUGGCUGUAAUUUAUACAUGGAGCAUUCGUCCG